AUGACCUUACUGGACAAUGAUACAACGACUAUGACCUUACUGGACAACGAUACAACGACUAUGACCUUACAGGACAAUGGUACAACCACUAUGACCUUACUGGACAACGAUACAACCACUAUGACCUUACUGGACAAUGGUACAACGACUAUGACCUUACUGGACAAUGGUACAACUACUAUGACCUUACUGGACAACGAUACAACCACUAUGACCUUACUGGACAAUGGUACAACGACUAUGACCUUACAGGACAAUGGUACAACCACUAUGACCUUACUGGACAACGAUACAACCACUAUGACCUUACUUGACAAUGGUACAACUACUAUGACCUUACUGGACAAUGGUACAACGAAUAUGAUAUUACUAGACAAUUGUACAACCACUAUGACCUUACUGGACAAUGGUACAACGACUAUGAUCUUACUGGACAAUUGUACAACGACUAUGACCUUAAUGGACAAUGGUACAACUACUAUGAUCUUACUGGACAAUGGUACAACGACUAUGAUAUUACUAGACAAUUGUACAACCACUAUGACCUUACUGGACAAUGGUACAACUAAUAUGACCUUACUGGACAAUGGUACAACUACUAUGACCUUACUGGACAAUGGUACAACCACUAUGACCUUACUGGACAAUGGUACAACCACUAUGACCUUACUGGACAAUGGUACAACCACUAUGACCUUACUGGACAAUGGUACAACUACUAUGACCUUACAGGACAAUUGUACAACGACUAUGGUCUUACUGGACAAUGGUACAACGACUAUGAUCUUACUGGACAUUGGUACAACUACUAUGACCUUACUGGACAAUGGUACAACCACUAUGACCUUACUGGACAAUGGUACAACCACUAUGACCUUACUGGACAAUGAUACAACGACGAUGACCUUACUGGACAACGAUACAACGACUAUGACCUUACAGGACAAUGGUAGAACCACUAUGACCUUACUGGACAACGAUACAACCACUAUGACCUUACUGGACAUUGGUACAACUACUAUGACCUUACUGGACAAUGGUACAACCACUAUGACCUUACUGGACAAUGGUACAACCACUAUGACCUUACUGGACAAUGAUACAACGACUAUGACCUUACUGGACAACGAUACAACGACUAUGACCUUACAGGACAAUGGUACAACCACUAUGACCUUACUGGACAACGAUACAACCACUAUGACCUUACUGGACAAUGGUACAACGACUAUGACCUUACUGGACAAUGGUACAACUACUAUGACCUUACUGGACAACGAUACAACCACUAUGACCUUACUGGACAAUGGUACAACCACUAUGACCUUACAGGACAAUGGUACAACCACUAUGACCUUACUUGACAACGAUACAACCACUAUGACCUUACAGGACAAUGGUACAACAACUAUGACCUUACUUGACAAUGGUACAACCACUAUGACCUUACUGGACAAUGAUACAAAGACUAUGACCUUACUGGACAAUGGUACAACUACUAUGACCUUACUGGACAAUGGUACAACUACUAUGACCUUACUGGACAAUGGUACAACCACUAUGACCUUACUGGACAAUGGUACAACGACUAUGACCUUACUGGACAAUGGUACAACCACUAUGACCUUACUGGACAAUGGUACAACUACUAUGACCUUACAGGACAAUUGUACAACGACUAUGGUCUUACUGGACAAUGGUACAACCACUAUGAACUUACUGGACAAUGGUACAACCACUAUGAACUUACUGGACAAUGGUACAAAGACUAUGACCUUACAGGACAAUUGUACAACGACUAUGGUCUUACUGGACAAUGGUACAAGGACUAUGAACUUACUGGACAAUGGUACAACCACUAUGAACUUACUGGACAAUGGUACAACCACUAUGAACUUACUGGACAAUGGUACAAAGACUAUGAACUUACUAGACAAUGGUACAACCACUAUGAACUUACUGGACAAUGGUACAACGACUAUGACCUUACUGGACAAUGGUACAACCACUAUGACCUUACUGGACAAUGGUACAACCACUAUGAACUUACUAGACAAUGGUACAACUACUAUGAACUUACUGGACAAUGGUACAAAGACUAUGAACUUACUAGACAAUGGUACAACCACUAUGAACUUACUGGACAAUGGUACAACCACUAUGAACGUACUGGACAAUGAUACAACGACUAUGACCUUACUAGACAAUGAUACAACGACUAUGACCUUACUGGACAAUGAUACAACGACUAUGACCUGA